AUGGACACGGACGGAUCACCCCCCGAGUUCUACGACGUCUACCUCACCGAACAGCACGGCGUGCGCAAUCAUCUUGCCAUCUUCAUCGAAACCGACCCCGACGCGGAACCCUUCUGCAACAGCGGACGGCUCUACCAUGUGGUGGGCACCAUUCUGCGCGGCAUGGACUACGGCCAUCGCAAUACUCCCGAUCCCGAACUGCUGCCCGGAUACAUGAUGGACUCGAAGCGAAAGAUUGCCGUUAUCGCCAAGGACGACCUUAUCCGAUUCGAGCGGGAGUGUGCCGAGGAAAUCCCACCUCCCCCAGCUCAAUUGACCCUCAGCGGGAAGCCUUUGAACCUGGCCGUGCCUUUGUACCGCUGCACCGACUGGGUGGAAGAUGUGGUCAAAUUGGCCUUGGAGCUGGGCAUCUUCAAGAGAGAAGGGACGGAGGGCAAGUUAUACUUCGGAUCGGACGAAGAUUGA